CACAGUCUAUUUUUUACCCUAAUUAUGUCCUAUUAUUUUACUCUAUGAACUUUAUAGUAGUUAUCACUAUAAAAAUUCUUAGGUGCUUUUUUUACAUUAACACAUAGAAGUUACGUUCUAGAGGAGUGAAAGAUAUGCAGGAAAACAAAUUAGUCUAAGAGAGAUGUAAGUAAGGGGACACUCAAGCAGAGACCUGAAGGAAAUGAAGGAAAGAUCUGUAUGGCCAAGGGUGGGGGGGGGAGGGGGGGAGCCUUCCAGCUAAGGCAAACAGCAGAUGUGAAGGCCCCAGUGUAGGAACAUGUUUUGUCUGGUAUAGGGAACAGCAUGGUGGUUAUUGUAUAAAUGACUGAAAGGGAAGCAGUAGAUGUAAGACUAAGGAGGUAUGAAGAGGUUGGCUAGAUUGCUCAGGUCUUUGGAAACCUUAGUUAAAAACUGAUUUUAGAUAUGUGUGAGACUGGAAGCCAUUGUAGGUUUUGAGCAGAAGAGUAAGAUGUUUUACUCUUUUUCUCUUUCUUUCUUUCUUUCUUUCUUUCUUUCUUUCUUUCUUUCUUUUUUUUUUUUGUGCUGGGGUUCAAACUCAGGAUCUUAUGUUUGCCAGGCAGGCACUUAUCCCACUCAGCUAUCUCCCCGACAGAUGUUUUACUCUCAACCUCUCUGCUGGUGGAAUUUAAGAGAACAAUGGGUCCUGAGCCUUGUGAAGGCUCUCAUUGGUGGAGAAAUGAGUAGGUGAAUUCUCCAUUCCAACAGCCACAAGCCGGAAACCAAGGCUAAAAUGGAUUCCCAGCAGGACCUGAGCGUCUCUGGAAGGUGGGUGUCACUGUACUUUGGAUUCCUGGGGCUGUGUUCUGUGCUAACGGGCAGCUGCAUUAUAUUUCUGCACUGGAAGAAGAACAUGUGGCGGGAAGCGCGUGCCCAGCAGUGGGUUGAGGUGAUGAGAACCACCAGGCUUACCUACAGCCCGCUGUUGUACUGGAUCAACAAGCGACGGCGCUAUGGCAUGAACGCAGCCAUCAAUACGGGCCCGCUCCCUGCUGUUGCCAAGCCUGAGACUGAAGUCCAGAAUCCAGGUCCUUCAUGCGAGCUGGUUAUCCCUGAAGGCACGAACUACCCUGUCCAACAAAGCAGCCCCAAGAUGGAGUCCCCUGAUCCUCUGCAACCCACUCUGGUGGCACAACAGCCUGUAUCUUCCCUCCUGCUGCAGCCCCAGUCCCGUUCCCCAGUCCCAACCCUCAUCUUUCAAGAGGCACCUUGUGCCCCAACCCUAUGCAGCCUACCUCCCAUCCUAAGUCAUGCGGUCUCCUACCCUUUGGCCAAGCAUCCUGAGAAGAAUGUCCACUUCCAUUCCCUGCCCACACUGGCCCCUGGGGAAAAGAGCUUCAAUGCCAAACCUUUUGCUGCAGAAGUCUAGCCACCUUUCACUGGGAUUGGAAGCUGAAGCUACCAGGGGCAGAAUGGAAAAUGGAAGUGGUGUUGAUACACAGGCCAGAGCCUAUCACAUUUGAAGGAUUAAAAAAAGUCCAGAUUUCUCUUGUGUCUCACUUGCUGCUAGGAGGGCAAUGUCUUUCCUCUGACACAGGGAUUGGGGAACUUUGUAAACUAAGUUGCAAGGUAUCACCAAAUACAAAGGCUAGCUGUGGGGAGACACACUAAACCCAUCCUGUGGAUGCGCUCACUGUCCCUCCAUUCAAUAUUUAAGCCCAAAUGUGUGGGCCAGGCUCUAGGCUAGGUCUCAAAGACACUGCUGUUCCAUAGCACACAGCUAUGGAGGUCCAUAGUGGCUGUCAGUGGCCAAACAAGUCCUGUGAUGAGACCUUUGAACCACAGUACACUAAGCGUUUGAAUGGCUGAUAAGGAUUGUAGGUGAUCUCUGUACAUUGUUUCUAAAACUCACAGAAUACUGUCACAUAGCUAUCAUAAACCUUCUCUGACAGAGGAAGAAACAGGUUCCUAGAGCAACGCUAGAUAAUUUUUAUGUUGCAGGGCCAGUUUUCUCCAAGUUACAUCUGUCUGGUAUCAAAGUUCCUGAUUUUUUCACCAUAUCUCAUGUUGUCUCUUCUCUAAUCCUAAUCUAUUCUGUAUUAGCAUGCACUUGGUAAACACUUUAGUGUGGGUAGGGCAUUAGCAACUUGGUCCAGACUGGCUUAGAGGGAGUAGUUAUAUACAGAAAUACACCUAUUGUUUAUCUUUCUUAGAACUCCAUGGCUUCCUACAAGAUUGGCAAUAAAAGAGUAUCGAUAAUCUUUGUACCUUCUGAAAACAGUCCUAGAAAGAUAAAGACAAUACUAUUUGCCCCCUAUUUAAAGAUAAGAAAGUUUGUCUCUGUCAUAAAAUAUACAUUUCUCCCUUUUACUUUGGGAAUGAGCAAAUCCUCUUAUUGUAAAUAAUCUAACUGUAGGCUUCCCUAAGGGCAAAGGCCCCUCGAAGUGUGUGUGCAUUCCCAGAACCUACUAAAUGUGAUUUUUUUUUUGAUGUAUGUAAAGGCCUCAGCCUGAUCAUAUAGUCCCUCUCUAAGAAUCCAUUUAAAGCCCUUUUCUUGCAAACUUACUCUUAUGUUGAAUCUCUAAAUACAAAACAGGCAUAACUAGAGAUCAGGAAUCAUUCCUCUCAUCUUGCUCCUUUCCCACUCUGUAGAUACACAAAGCCUAAGCUCUGCAGUCUUCACUUCUUUAAAAUGUUUUUUGUUUGUUUUUUGAGACAGGGUCUCUCUGGGUAGUUCAGAAGGGUGG